AUGGCCGCCCCUGCGUCCCCACCUCCACCUCUCCUUGCCCUCCCUCGCGAAUUGCGAAAUCUCAUCUACUCGUAUUUGGAUGCUGGGGGAGACCCUGGCUGGCGUUGUACCAAGUUGUUCGCUCCAGAUCGCGUUCAGUACCAUGUCCAUAACGCGCCCAAUCUCAGCUUACUUCAUGCUCAUCCUCGCUUACGAGAAGAGUAUCUUGAAGCCAUCGAAAAAGAUGGAGUCUCUGUGACAAUUUCCGAUGAAGAGACCCUUGAGAAAGGCUUCGUUAUCAGUACACUACCGGAUUCACCACCUACAAUACAUCACCCAGUCCAUACGCUGUCUUUGGAUACACUCUUUGCCCGAUUCGUCAAACAUGUCACCAUUCUUACCGACAUCGGCCAGGGUAUUCGUGGUGGCUAUAGCGAACUGGAGAUAUUAUGGAUUACCAUAAAGCGCCUCGCCUCCGCGCUGCUACAAGAAGGUCCACUUCUAUCAACCAUGCGGAUUGGUAUCCAAUGUCACUCCUCUACCCGACUACAACAUCACAACAAUGCUUAUCCACAAUUCGAGACUGCUAAUUUUCUGAACUCACCACCACCCUGCCUGGAAGUAUUGCAACUUGUGCAGCGAGCUGAGGGGUACCGUCUGGACCAAGUAUCGCCAUGGCUAGGUCAGCCUCGCCCUCAGCAUGGCCUUGUGAAGCAUGGCUGCUAUCUGUACACUAGGAGCGGGACAGAUCACGACCUUCACCUCUGGGAACCUUCCGAUGUUCUUAAUCACUUCAAGCUGCAACCUUACACGAUCGGUAAUUGGAAUACACCAUUGCCGACUUCGAUUAUUGAGCAUGAAAUGAAGGAAUGGAGAGAAAAGCACGGUCACAGAGAAGCUAUAGCCUGGUUCUAA